AUGAGCGUGGAGGCGUACGGGCCCAGCUCGCAGACGCUCACCUUCUUGGACACCGAGGAGGCCGAGCUGCUCGGCGCUGACACCCAGGGCUCCGAGUUCGAGUUUACCGACUUCACCCUCCCCAGUCAGACGCAGACGCCCCCCGGCGGCCCCGGAGGUGGCGGCGCGGGGGCCCCGGUCGGAGCCGGCCCGGGCGCGGCGGCCGGACAGCUCGACGCGCAGGUCAGUGGGCCUGAGGGCAUCCUGCAGAAUGGGGCCGUGGAUGACAGCGUGGCCAAGACCAGCCAGUUGUUGGCCGAGUUGAACUUUGAAGAAGAUGAAGAAGAUACCUAUUACACAAAGGAUCUCCCUGUACAUGCCUGCAGUUACUGUGGAAUACACGAUCCUGCUUGCGUGGUUUACUGUAACACCAGCAAGAAGUGGUUCUGUAAUGGACGUGGAAAUACUUCUGGCAGCCACAUUGUAAAUCACCUUGUGAGGGCAAAAUGCAAAGAGGUGACUCUGCACAAGGAUGGGCCCCUAGGGGAGACGGUCCUGGAGUGUUACAACUGCGGCUGCCGCAACGUCUUCCUCCUCGGCUUCAUCCCUGCCAAGGCCGACUCGGUUGUGGUGCUGCUGUGCCGGCAGCCCUGUGCCAGUCAGAGCAGCCUCAAGGACAUCAACUGGGACAGCUCCCAGUGGCAGCCCCUGAUCCAGGACCGGUGCUUCCUGUCCUGGCUGGUCAAGAUCCCUUCUGAGCAGGAGCAGCUGCGGGCGCGGCAGAUCACUGCCCAGCAGAUCAACAAGCUGGAGGAGCUCUGGAAGGAGAACCCGUCUGCCACCUUGGAGGACUUGGAGAAGCCUGGAGUGGACGAGGAGCCGCAGCACGUCCUCCUGCGGUACGAGGACGCCUAUCAGUACCAGAACAUAUUCGGGCCUCUGGUCAAGCUGGAGGCUGACUACGACAAGAAGCUGAAAGAGUCACAGACUCAAGAUAACAUCACGGUCAGGUGGGACCUGGGCCUUAACAAGAAGAGAAUCGCCUACUUCACUUUGCCCAAGACUGACUCUGACAUGCGGCUCAUGCAAGGGGAUGAGAUAUGCCUGCGGUACAAAGGGGACCUGGCACCCCUCUGGAAAGGGAUCGGCCAUGUCAUCAAGGUCCCUGAUAAUUAUGGCGAUGAGAUUGCUAUUGAGCUCCGGAGCAGUGUGGGUGCCCCUGUGGAGGUGACUCAUAACUUCCAGGUGGAUUUCGUGUGGAAGUCAACCUCAUUCGACAGAAUGCAGAGUGCGCUGAAAACCUUCGCUGUGGACGAGACCUCUGUGUCGGGCUACAUCUACCACAAGCUGCUCGGCCAUGAGGUGGAGGAUGUGAUCAUCAAGUGCCAGCUGCCCAAGCGCUUCACGGCACAGGGGCUCCCCGACCUCAACCACUCUCAGGUUCUCACCUGUCCUGAGGUGGGAGGGUCCCGGGCCUCAGGGCCUGUGUGCUCAACAGCCAUCCGCCUUGCUUACACCCCUAACGGCCACUUGUAUCCGAAGGUUUACGCCGUGAAGACUGUGCUUCAGAGACCACUGAGUCUGAUCCAGGGCCCACCGGGCACGGGGAAGACCGUGACCUCAGCCACCAUCGUCUACCACCUGGCCCGGCAAGGCAACGGGCCCGUGCUCGUAUGUGCUCCAAGCAACAUAGCUGUGGACCAGCUGACCGAGAAGAUCCACCAGACUGGGCUGAAAGUCGUGCGGCUCUGCGCCAAGAGCCGCGAGGCCAUAGACUCCCCAGUGUCCUUCUUGGCCCUGCACAACCAGAUCAGGAACAUGGACAGCAUGCCCGAGCUCCAGAAGCUGCAGCAGCUGAAGGAUGAGACCGGGGAGCUGUCAUCGGCAGACGAGAAGCGUUACAGAGCCCUAAAGCGCACUGCUGAGAGGGAGCUGCUCAUGAACGCAGAUGUCAUCUGCUGCACGUGUGUGGGCGCAGGAGACCCGAGGCUCGCCAAGAUGCAGUUCCGCUCCAUUCUAAUCGACGAGAGCACGCAGGCCACCGAGCCAGAGUGCAUGGUCCCUGUGGUCCUUGGGGCCAAGCAGCUGAUCCUCGUGGGUGACCACUGCCAGCUGGGCCCCGUGGUGAUGUGCAAGAAGGCGGCCAAGGCCGGGCUGUCGCAGUCGCUCUUUGAGCGCCUGGUGGUGCUGGGCAUCCGCCCCAUUCGCCUCCAAGUCCAGUACCGGAUGCACCCCGCACUCAGCGCCUUCCCAUCCAACAUCUUCUACGAGGGCUCUCUCCAGAACGGCGUUACUGCAGCGGAUCGUGUGAAAAAGGGGUUUGACUUUCAGUGGCCCCAGCCGGAUAAACCGAUGUUCUUCUAUGUGACCCAGGGCCAAGAGGAGAUUGCCAGCUCAGGCACCUCCUACCUGAACAGGACGGAGGCUGCAAAUGUGGAGAAGAUCACCACGAAGCUGCUGAAGGCGGGCGCCAAGCCGGACCAGAUCGGCAUCAUCACGCCCUAUGAGGGCCAGCGCUCCUACUUGGUGCAGUACAUGCAGUUCAGCGGCUCUCUGCACACCAAGCUCUACCAGGAGGUGGAGAUUGCCAGUGUGGACGCAUUCCAGGGGCGUGAGAAGGACUUUAUCAUCCUCUCCUGUGUGCGGGCCAAUGAGCACCAAGGCAUUGGAUUUUUGAAUGACCCCAGGCGACUUAACGUGGCCUUGACCAGAGCACGAUACGGGGUCAUUAUCGUGGGCAACCCGAAGGCCCUGUCCAAGCAGCCGCUGUGGAACCACCUGCUGAACUACUACAAGGAGCAGAAGGUGCUGGUGGAGGGGCCCCUGAACAACCUUCGGGAGAGCCUCAUGCAGUUCAGCAAGCCCAGGAAGCUGGUCAACACCAUCAACCCGGGAGCCCGCUUCAUGACAACAGCCAUGUAUGAUGCCCGGGAGGCCAUCAUCCCAGGGUCGGUCUAUGACCGGAGCAGCCAGGGCCGGCCCUCGAACAUGUACUUCCAGACCCACGACCAGAUUGGCAUGAUCAGUGCCGGCCCCAGCCACGUGGCUGCCAUGAACAUCCCCAUUCCCUUCAACCUGGUCAUGCCGCCCAUGCCACCACCGGGGUAUUUUGGACAAGCUAACGGGCCAGCUGCGGGCCGAGGCACCCCAAAAGGCAAGACUGGUCGUGGGGGACGCCAGAAGAACCGCUUUGGGCUUCCUGGGCCCAGUCAGACGAAUCUCCCCAACAGCCAGGCCAGCCAGGAUGUGGCGUCCCAGCCCUUCUCCCAGGGCGCCCUGACCCAAGGCUACAUCUCCAUGAGCCAGCCCUCCCAGAUGAGCCAGCCCGGCCUGUCCCAGCCAGAGCUGUCCCAGGACAGCUACCUUGGAGAUGAGUUUAAGUCACAGAUCGAUGUGGCGCUGUCGCAAGACUCCACAUACCAGGGGGAGCGGGCGUACCAGCACGGUGGAGUGACGGGGCUGUCCCAGUACUAG